AUGGAUCCGUGGUCAGAAAAGUGGAGUCAAAAGAACAAAGAUGGAUCACUCACACCGCUCACUGGGCAACAAUUGCAGGAUGACGGUGUUUGGAUCAUCACUUCUUCAUUCACGAUUUUCACAAUGACCUCGGGUUUUGGGUUACUCGAAAGUGGACGAGUGUCAUCGAAAGAUGAAGUGAAUAUCAUGGUGAAGAAUGUGAUCGACGUGAUUUUUGGAGGUCUUUCCUAUUGGAUGUUCGGUUUUGGAUUUACGUUUGGUGAGGAGUUCUUGAGCAAUUCGUUUUGUGGUUUUGGGCAAUUUUUCUUCAAUCCCGAUGACUCGAACGAUGUUCAACAGGGUUGGUCUUAUUCGUCAUUCAUCUUUCAAAUGAGCUUCGCCACCACAACUUCGACCAUUGUUUCAGCCGGUAUGGCCGAGCGUAUCCGUCUCAAGGCUUACAUCGUAGUCGCUUUUCUUCUCACCGUCGUUCACGCCAUUCCAGCACACUGGGUUUGGAGUGAACAAGGAGUGUUCUUCCGUCUUGGUGUCAUCGAUUCAGCUGGGUGCUCGGUGGUGCAUCUCGUCGGUGGUGUGGCGGGCACGGUGGCCACUCUUUACCUAAAACCCCGACAAAAUCGUUUCGGCGACAAAGGACAGCAACAGAUGAGCAAUCCGACAAAUGCUGUGUUGGGCACGUUCAUGCUGUGGUGGGGCUGGUUGGCGUUCAAUACGGGUUCCACCUACGGAGUGAGUCGAGACAAAUGGCGAUUGGCGGCUAGAUCAGCAAUCGGCACAGUAAUGGCCUCAGCAGGUGGUGGGAUCACAGCAGUUAUCCUAUCGAAGAUCAUCUCCAAGAAAAUUCAAGUCGAUAUGCUAAUUGAUGGAUUACUGGCGGCACUUGUUUCGACUACAGCUGGUUGCUUGUGCAUUAAUCCCUGGCAAGCUCUGGUCACCGGCUCGAUCGGCGCUAUGUUGGCAAUCGCGAGCUAUCAAAUCGUCGAGAGGUUAGAGAUCGAUGAUCCAGUCGGGGUGAUCCCGGUGCACGUCGUUGGCGCCACCUGGGGAAUGAUUAGUCCAGGGAUUUUUGCAGAAAACGAUCGCUUUACAAGUCAAGUCACUCACGGCCAUAAUGGUCUUCUUUAUGGUGGUGGCUUCUAUUUGUUGGGUGUUCAACUGCUUACAGUAAUCACGGUGGCUGUGUGGAGUGCUUUGCUUGGCUUUUUGAUCAUUUGGGGUCUCAAUCAAACCCCAAUGGGGCUGCGUUUGUCAAAAUACGAGGAACAGCUUGGAGCCGAUUUACGUGAGCAUGGACUAGCUGGACACAAUGUGGCCAAGUAUAAAGUCGAGAAGAAGUUGACGACAAAAGCGUUUACAUCGGUGAUGAAAGCGAUUAUGCGAUGGAAAAGAUUGACGAGAGAGGGAAGAGAAAGACGAGAAAGAGAUCGACAAUUCGAAUUCGUCCAAGAACCCUACAAUAUUCAGAUUGAUGAGACGCAAACAUCGGUACAUCGACGAAACAAA